AUGACUAGAAUGCCACUGAGCUUUCCGCCGAUUGACAUCGGAAUAGGAGGACUGUCGUCGAACUGGUGGGGUGAAAUAAAUGAAUCGGUCAAGUGGCAAGACGGAUUAUUCUUCACUUUAUGUGCUACUUAUGGCCUCGUUUCCCUCGUUGCCCUUAUUCAAUUACUAAGAAUUGAACUAAGAGUGCCUGAGUAUGGUUGGACAACGCAAAAGGUUUUCCUCCUCAUGAACUUCUUUGUAAAUGGAGUGCGUGCUAUCAUGUUUGGAUUUCACAAGGUGGUUUUUCUUUUGCAUCCCAGGGUGCUGACUAUGUUAGUGUUGGAUCUUCCUGGGCUUCUGUUUUUCUCUACAUACACACUUCUUGUCCUUUUUUGGGCUGAAAUAUAUCACCAGGCUAGAAGUUUACCAACAGAUAAACUUAGAAUUUUGUACUUUUCAAUCAAUGGUGGAAUAUACUUCAUACAGGUCUGUAUCUGGGUAUACCUCUGGAUGGAUGACAACAGUGCUGCGGAAUUUCUUGGCAAGAUAUUUAUUGCAGUGGUAUCAUUUAUAGCUGCAUUAGGUUUCUUGCUGUAUGGCGGAAGGUUAUUUUUCAUGCUGAGACGCUUUCCCAUUGAGUCCAAAGGAAGGAGAAAGAAGCUUCACGAGGUCGGAUCUGUGACGGCCAUAUGCUUCAUUUGUUUCCUAAUAAGAUGCUUGGUGGUUACGCUAUCUGCUUUUGAUUCAGACGCAUCACUUGAUGUAAUGGACCAUCCAGUUCUGAAUUUAAUCUAUUACAUGUUGGUCGAGAUUCUUCCUUCAGCUCUUGUAUUGUACAUCUUGCGUAAGCUGCCUCCAAAAAAAGUAUCAGACCAGUACCACCAGAUCCGUUAG